AUGGUUGCUACCAUCAAUGUAACUGCAUAUAUUAGUUCUUGCAAAAAAAAUUCUGGAGGAACUUUAUUAUGGGGUGCAGGUAUCUUUAAAGAUGGACUAGAUAUAUCAGUGGAUUUUAAUUUUAAAAUUUUUCUUAAUUCAGGUACACUAUUUGUUGAUGAAUUUUUUGAUGGAGAUCUUGUUCAUCUGUCUGGCAAAUUUACAUGGGAGAACAGUUCAGUUUAUCAUGCUGCAGGAAUAAUGCUUAUUGUAGACAAAGCUAUAAGGUUUCCCAAAUCCAACACAGGUAACUGGAGUAUUGAAAAGAUGCCAAGUUCACCACUAUUUAUUUCUUUUAUUUGUCAAGUACUUCCAAAUGAACAAAAAAAUCCCCAUGUUCUUCUUCGUGGAGAAACUCAUUUUGUUGAAACUUCUUGUUUUCUAUUUAGAGCCUCCUAUACAAUUAAUGGAUUUUUAAAACAGAUUUUAAAAAUUGAAGAACAAGUUGUUUUUUUAAUUGAAAGUAUCUCAAUAGAUUAUGUUGUAACACGUCUUGAAGAAUUUAUUGAAAUUGAGGAAGAUUAG